AUGCCUCCGAAGCAAAACAACGCGGCGCCCCGUCCAGGCGGGCGUCCUGCCGGCUCGACCAACAAGUCAAAGGGCAACACACCCAAAGCCCAAACCUCAGGCUUCUCUCGUCCUUCCGUCGGCUCGUCUUCACGCAACGCCCAAGCCCGGCGUUCCGAGACCGACCUAGACCCCUUUGCAGAUUCUCAGGAUGCUAUGGAGGAUGUGGUGACCUCGCAGUCGGCCCACGAGGUCGAGGAAGACGAAGAGGAGGCAGUUGACGAGGACGACGACGAGCAGCCCCAGCAGACGAUACCGCCCGAGCUGCUGACCCGGCUGCUGCACGAGUUCUUCGAGAAGGACGGCACGCGCAUCAGCAAAGGUGCCAACGAGGCCGUCGCCAAGUACAUGGACGUCUUCGUCCGCGAGGCCAUCGCCCGCGCCGCCGUCGAGAAAGAGGGCGGGUUUCUUGAGGUCGAGGACCUGGAGAAGAUUGCACCGCAGCUGCUAUUGGAUCUGUGA